AUGCAGCCGCUGAAAGAAAGUUCAAGCAAUUUUUGUGAUGGCAAGCAAAAUGCUGCAGAGGUAAAUGGAAACAGAGUGCCUCCAAAGGAGGAAGAAGAUCGAACACGAAUGCAUCCUCAGCAUUGGUGUGGUCAGCAUAUUCUGGCCAAAGAUUCCCUCACAAAUGUCUACAAUUAUAGUAAGCAGGAGGAAAAAGAAAAAUCACCAAUGUGCAGAGUCGCAGAGAUUGCCCGAUUCAAUAAACUGCGGCAUGUUUACAAUCUUCUUGACGAGAGUGGUCCAGCUCAUAGGAAAUUAUUUACUGUUAGGCUUUUCCUAACUGAAACAGAAGUCUACGAAGGCAACGGAUGCUCAAUCAAAAAAGCUCAACAAUCUGCAGCGGAAAAAGCGAUUGAAAACACCAAGCUGCCAAUGCCACCAGAAAAACCGUUGCGGAAAAAGAAAAGUGAUAUGUUAUCACCGCCUCGAAUGCUAUUGCAAGUAUGCCGCGCUCUUGAACGCCCUGAUCCGGUAUACUCAACGGAAGUAUACACAAAAUGUCCUUCGGGACCGAAUGAUGCAACAUACCAGGAGUGUAUCAUUCCUGGUGAUGUAUCUUACCAAUUAUAUCCCACAGCUGUUGGUUAUGUGCCAGGACCUCCAACUGUAAAUGUCAAUAACGGAGCAGAUCCUGCUGGGUCACCACCCCAGGUCCUUAUUUCCAAACCGACUUAUAUUACCACACUGAACAUUGGUGAUCAGGUUUUAGCUUCUGGAUUCGGGCAUUCUGUAAUUUCUUCUAAGUCGGAUGCGGCUUCAAAGGCUCUUUGCUUAUUGGGCCCUGAAGUGAAAGAGCAUCUAUCGAAUAUUUCUUUAAAUGGAAGAGCCGAAUCACCGAAUGAGGUGGUGAUCAAUGACAUUCCAAAAUACAAGCAAAAGUCGGUAAUAAGCGAUGUUCAUGAGAAAGCUCACCAAAUGAAGAUGAAUGUGGUCUUUGAAGUUGUGCAAGAAGACGGCCCGCCGCAUGAUAGAGAAUAUAAAGUCCGCUGUGCUUUUCUUGAUGAGUUCAAUCAAAUAACAGCGGAGGCUAUUGGGAAUGGAAGAAAGAAGAAAGAAGCGCAGCAGAAUGCCUGUUCCAUUCUUCUAGAUCAACUCAAAACUAUUGAUAGCAAUCCAUUAUUCAUCGCAUCGUCUUUUUGUCGGACCCAGAAGAAAAUGACGUCGGUUCAAAAAGAUCAAAAAAGAAAGACGAUUGUAAAAGAUAAGAAAAUGGAUCCGGAUUAUGGCCAUCAAAUAAAUCCGGUUUCGAGACUUAUUCAAGUUCUCCAAACAAAGAAACAACCACAUCCCACAUUUCAACUUGUUGGAGAAGAUGGUCUUAAUCGUUGUAAGGAGUUUAUGAUUAAGGUCACAUGUGGCGAGCAAAGUUGUGUGGGAUCCGGUCCAAACAAAAGACUUGCUAAACGUGCGGCGGCGGAAGCAAUGCUCGCUUUAAUUGGUUAUGUGAAGCCAUUACCGCCACCGGGAAAAAGCUUGCUGAAGAAAAAGUCUACCGAGUCUACCGAAUCAAAAAUACUAUCAGAGACGGCAGAUGGAGAAGCAGUUCCAACAGCGCAAGAAAUUUCUGCAACGCCUCCAGCUGAAACUGAACCGAAAGAAAAACUUGAAGAAGUAGCAGAAAAUAACGAAGCUGAAUCUGAAGGUGGGAAGCGACGCGUAACGUUUAGUACUGAGGUGCAAGCAUGCCCGCCUCCCGGAGAUCUGAAUUAUCCGAACUCGGAAAUUGCUCCGCUCAAAAUGGAGAUUGUAUUUGAAGGAAAAAUUAGGCGCAUGAAACGUCUAAAAGAGAGCAAGAGAAAUCUAACACCAGAGCAAAAGAUUGCUGUAGCUGUUAUGGCUUCAGAAUUUUUUGAGCAGUUAGAGGCGCAGAAGAAUUCCAUGACUUUUGAUGGCACAAGAGCUCCGGCGUUUGAGCACCUUGAGCGAAUCGCCUCCGAAUUUAAGUUCGGUGUCCAGUACACCCCAUUUCCAAAGAAAAUUGGAUGUGACGAAAUAUUUUCCCUUGUUUCACUUGGUUUCGAUGAUCCGAUGGUAUGUCAUGGAGUCGGAGCUACCGCAAUGGAAGCCGAAGAAAAUGCUGCGCUGGCCGCACUUGGCAAAUUGAAGCAAAUUGCUGAAAAACCCAUUCAAACUUCAUAA